GGGAUAUUUAAAUCAGUUGAACUCUACUGUUUCUUGAUCAAAAUCCACUUGCAUUUGGGAAUAGAAAAAAAGCCAGUUCCUGGGAAUCCUUGAACAAAAUCUCUGCUUGCAAAUUUUCAGCAACACUAAAAGCCCAUUUUGCAGCAAUUCUUUAUGACACUUUUCAUGAGAGACUGUAAAAUACAAUUUCCCCAAAUGAUUAACAAAUCAAUUAUGCUUCUGAGCCUGGUGGUUCUUCAUAGCACAUUUAUAAAUGGAAAAACAACAUGUAAAUGGCAAUUUGUGGAAGAAUGGCAUACACAACCAUUAUCAUAUAUGGUGAAUUGGACACUAACAGAAAACAUCUGCAUGGACUUCUAUGGAGAUUGCUGGUUUGGGGAUGUAAAUACUAAAAUGAACACUUCAGGCAAUCAAGUUGUUCCCCAGAUUUGCCCUUUGCAAAUUCAAUUGGGAGACAUCCUUAUAAUUUCUUCUGAACCAUCUCUUGAAUCUCCAGAAAUAAAUUUGAUGAAUGUUUCUGAAGCAUCAUUCAUUGACUGUCUGCAAAACACCACAACUGAAGAUCAGUUACUUUUUGGUUGCAAACUAAAAGGAAUGCACACUGUUAAUUCUCAGUGGCUGAGUGCUGGAACACAUUAUUUUAUCACAGUAACAGCAAGUGGUCCAUCGUUUUGUCACCUGGGGCUACGGCUAAAUGUGACAGUGAAAGAACAGUUCUGCCAGGAAUCUCUGAGUUCAGAAUUUUGUUCUGGGCAUGGUAAAUGUCUUACUGAGGUUUGGAGCAAGACAUACAGCUGCCAUUGUCAGCCUCCAUUUUCUGGAAAAUAUUGCCAAGAACUUGAUCCAUGUUCUUAUAAACCAUGUGAAAAUAAUGGCAGUUGCAUUAAUAAAAGAGGAAAAUUGAAUAAGCAAGGUUAUGAAUGUAUCUGUUACCCACCAUUUACAGGCAUACAUUGUUCAGAAAUUAUUGGCCAAUGUCAACCACGUAUCUGUUUCCAUGGGAAUUGUGGCAAUAUUACUGCAAGUAGUUUCAUCUGUGAAUGUGAUGAACCAUUUUCAGGUCCAUACUGUGAGAAGUCAAUGAAAUGUUAUAUUUCUCAGUCUUGUUGGAAAGGAGAAAUUUGCCAAAACAAAAGCUCUGCUUACAUUUGUGAAUACCCAGAAGGAUUUUUCAAUCAAAACCAUGAAACUGAUGUCCGUGAGUGUCCCUCAAUACCAUGUCAGAAUGGUACUAACUGUGUUCAUAUUGCAAAUGACACCAUGUACAUCUGUUCACCAAUAUUUACAGGCAAGCUUUGUAAGAGACAACUUCAAACACCACAGGAGUCAUUUCCUUGCAAGGAUAAUACCACAUGUACAAAAUUUGAGAAAGAUUAUCGUUGCAGUUGUUUGCUAGGAUUUACUGGAAAAAACUGUGAGAAAGUAACUGACCACUGUAGACUGCUCAGCAUCAACUGUCUGAAUGAAGGAUGGCAUUUCAAUAUAAGUGGAAGAUUCAGAUAUGUAUGUACUUCAGAGUGCACAAGAUACUCAUGUUGGUUUGUGAAGAAUGUUUGCUUAAUUCAUCUAUACCCCUACUACUGUGGAACUAUCAGCCAUGAUAUUUGCCAAGACAAAGUCCUUCAUCCUCCUCAGUCUAAAUAUGUGUGGCAAGUGGGAUUUAAAGGAUCUGAAGAUGAAAAAUGUGAAGUGGCUGUUGAUGUCUACUUCUUUCUCUCUGAGAACUGGACUGAAGAUGCUGUCUAUGUGAACACAUCUGAAGAUCUCUAUUAUGUAUUUGGGUUUCUAUGUCAAGGAAGAAUGGAGAUGCAUGCAAAUGAAUGCAAUUGUUUGACUGAAGAAGGCAAUAAGGGAUAUUGGUGUCUAUGUAUUCCAAGAUGGCCUGGAAAAACGUCUCUGGAAAAUACAACUGAUUAUCAAGAAAGUGGGUGUCAACAUGAAGCUAUUUAUAAAGAUGAAAUUAAUAGAUCCAGAUGCAGCUGUUCUCUUGGUUACAUGGACCCAUUAUGUAUCCUCAAUGCUGAGGAUUGCUUAGGAAACCAGAGUACAUCAGUGCAUGGCCUCUGCUUGGUCCAUUUGCACAAGUGCAACGGUGGUCUGCAAAGACAUGGAAGAAAUGUCUGUGAAAUAGAAACCAAAGAUUGUAAAUCUGUGCCCUGCAAAAAUGGAGCAGCCAGUAUACAUUUAAGUGGCUAUUUCUUCUGCAAUUGUGUCCCAGGAUCUACAGGCAAUCAAUGUGAAAUAGAUGCAGAUAUGAGUGCUUCAUAUCUGUGCAAGAAGGGAAUCACCUGCAUUGACCAACCUGGUAAUUACUUUGGCCAGUGUGUGGCUCCAUUUAAAGUGGUUAAUGGCUUCUCCUGCUUAUGCAAACCGGGUUUUGCUGGCCUGAGAUGUGAACAGGACACUGAUGACUGCAUCUUGAAUGCCUGUGAGCACAAGUCUACCUUCAAAGAUCUGCAUCUCAGUUACCAGUGUGUGUGCUUAGCUGGUUGGGAAGGAAGUUUUUGUGAACAAGAAUCCAAUGACUGCAAAAUGAAUCCUUGUAAGAAUAAUUCCACCUGUACUGACCUUUACAAUAGCUAUCGCUGUGAGUGUAUACCUGGAUGGACUGGACAAAACUGUAGUGAAGAAAUAAAUGAAUGUGACUCUGACCCAUGCAUGAAUGGAGCUCUUUGUCAUGAGUCUUCCAUUCCUGGGCACUUUGUAUGCCUGUGCCCACCCUUUUAUACUGGAAAAUUUUGCCAUCAACACUAUAACCCCUGUGAUCCACUCAGUGACCCUUGCAGAAACAACUCAACGUGCUUGACUUUGGUUGAUGGAAAUCAUUAUUGUGUGUGUAGAGAAGGAUUUGAGGGUGAACAUUGUGAAAUUAAUGUGAAUGAGUGCUUCUCUCUUCCCUGCCAGAAUUAUGGUGACUGUGAAGAUGGAGUCAACAAUUUCAGAUGUAUUUGCAGACCUGGGUUUUCUGGACCUCUAUGUGAUCUUGAUACAAAUGAGUGUUCUUCUAGACCUUGCAAAAAUAAUGGAACCUGCGUGGAUCUGUCAAACAGAAUUAUGUGCAUUUGUGAGCCAGGUUACCAUGGAUCUCUCUGUGAAUUGGAUAUGAAUGAAUGUGAAAUCUCACCUUGUCUAGAUGGAGAAGAUUGUGUCAGCAGAACUGGUGGAUACAACUGCCUCUGUGCUCCUGGUUAUACAGGCAUCAAUUGUAAUGAAGUAAAUAUAGAUGAAGGUCUAUCAAAGCCCUGUCUCCAUUAUGGAGCUGGCAUUGAUGGCAUCAAUCAUUGUACCUGUGACUGCAAGAGUAGCUUUUCUGGAACACACUGUGAAGCAAAUGCAAAUGAUUGCCUCUCAAAUCCUUGUCUACAUGGAAGAUGCAUAGAUCUCAUUAUUGAAUAUCAAUGUUCAUGUGUUACAGAAUGGACUAGCUCAAGAUGUGAGAUCAAGAUUAAUAACUGUACAUCAACCCCUUCUAUAAAUGAAGACUUCAGUCAGAAAUCAGUCGAUGACUUUACUUGCAUUUGCCCGAGUGGAUACAUUCGUGCAUAUUGUGAAAUACAUAAUGAUGGUUGUGCUGAGCCUGAACUGAAUUUGGUCCUCUGUCUUAAUGGAAGUAUUUGUGUUGAUGGACCUGGACACAUGUUUUACUGCAGAUGUCUUCCUGGAUUUUCUGGAAAAUUUUGUAAAAUUAAUAUAAAUGAAUGUUCUUCAUCACCAUGUCUAAAUGGUGCAAACUGUGGAGAUCACAUCAAUGGAUAUAUUUGCAAACGUCAACAAGGGUGGUCAGGACAUCACUGUGAUAAUGGACUUGAGGAGUGCAUUUCCAAAUUGUGUGUGCAUGGAAUACGCAUAGAAAAUGAACCUGACUUUGGCUCAGAAUGUUUAUGCAUAUCUGGAUUUGUGGCCUGCUCCACUGGGCUUUUUUGUGGUGCUGAAAUAAGCAGAAUUACCUGUUUACCUCUUGUCUCUCAAAGAAUGGAUGUCAUUUCUACACAAACAUAUACAGUAUCUGCUUCUGACACUUCAAUCAGUAGCUUUCCAUCAGCAAGGGCUACAAGACUGUGGACCAUCAUGAAUACUAACUCAGAUGAUCCAGAUUGGACAUAUUAUACAGAUUAUCUGACCUUAACAUCUGAUUUAAAAGAAGAGCUUACAACUUCUUCAGAGUGGCCCAAAUGGGAACUUCAGCCUAGUGUGCGUGAUUGGGAAUCUUCUGCUGCAAGCCAGAGGCUUUCCAUCACUAGAUCGCUUACUUUGUCUUCACUGGAGUUCAUUCCAACACCUCUUCAGCUGACGAUUUCUGACUCCACAGAUUUCAGAUGUAUUUGUUAUUAUGGAGAUUCCUAUCUAGAAUUUCGGAAUGUGUUGUUAAGUCCACAAAGUAACGUAUCACUAGAAUUUCAUACCUUCAACUCCUAUGGACUCCUGCUGUAUAUCAAGCAAGACUCAAAUUCAGUUGAUGAGUUUUUUAUUCAAUUAUUUAUUGAAAAUGGUACUUUAAAGUACCACUUUUUCUGUGCUGGUGAAGCAAAAUUGAAAAGCAUUAAUACUACCAUUAAAGUGGAUGAUGGACAAAAGUAUACACUGUUUAUCAGGCAAGAAUUUGAUCCAUGUAGAGCUGAACUGACUAUUUUAGGAAGGACUAUGAAAACAAGUGAAUCUAUCAAUCACAUAUCUGGAAAACCCUUGCCAGAAUCAGGAUCUGUCUUUAUUGGUGGUUUUCCAUAUCUUCGUGGAACAAACCAGAUUUCUGGGCCAUUGGAGAAUUUUACUGGCUGCAUAGAAGUUAUGGAAAUCAAUAACUGGGAAUCUUUCAUCCCAUCCAAGGCAGUGAAAAAAAUUCACGUUGAAAAUUGCAGAUCCCAGGAUUCCACUCUGUCUACAGUGUCUUCUGUUGCUCCUUCUAGUGCAACAGAAGGGGUUGACUCCACGUGGACCUCCCUCGGCACCCCUCCUGUAGCGCCACCCGUGUGCCAGGAGAACCUGUGUUACAAUGGAGGCACUUGUCAUCCUGUCUCCCUCUCCAGCGGUACCUUCUCAUUCCACUGUGACUGUCCGCUACAUUUUACUGGCCGUUUCUGUGAACAAGGUGCAGGUUUACUUUUUCCAUCUUUCAGUGGAAAUUCCUAUCUAGAAUUACCUUUUUUUAUAACCCUGGAUGAGUUCACAUGUGUUCCAGGGAAAGAACAUAACAAAACUGUUACCAUCUACUUGACUAUAAAAACAAACACUUUGAAUGGAACUAUUCUCUACAGUAGUGAGAAAAAUACCGGACAACAGUUUCUUCAUUUAUUUCUCAUGGAUGGAAGGCCCACAGUUAAAUAUGGAUGUGGAAGUUCUCACAAUAUCUUGACUCUUUCUGCUAACUAUAGCAUUAACACAAAUGCAUUCAUCCCUAUCACAAUACGCUACACAAUCCCUGUGGGCAGCUCUCAGAGUGUGUGUAUGAUUGAAGUGACUGCAGAUGGAAAACCUCCAAUACUGAAGAAAGACACAGAGAUAUCCCAUGUGUCUCAGGUGCAUUUUGAAUCAAUGUACCUUGGCCAUAUCCCAGAAGAUGUUAAGAUCCAUAAGAAUGCAGGUCACAUUUAUGGGUUCAAUGGCUGCAUUCAAGAGCUUCAAGUAAACAACAAAGAAUUCUUCAUCAUUGAUGAAGCACUACGUGGAAAGAACAUCGAGAACUGCCAUGUCCCAUGGUGUGCUCGUCAUCUAUGCCACAACAAUGGCACCUGCAUCAGUGACAGUGAAAACUGGUUUUGUGAGUGUCCAAGGCUGUACUCAGGCAGGAUGUGCCAGUUUGCAACCUGUGAAAACAGUCCAUGUGGAAACGGUGCUACCUGUGUUCCUAAAUCCAGGAUAGAUUCCCUCUGCCUCUGCCCUUAUGGGAGGUCUGGGCUCCUCUGCACGGAAGCUGUUAAUAUUACUCAGCCCAGGUUCAGUGGCACAGAUGCCUUUGGAUACACUUCAUUCCUGGCUUAUUCACGGAUCCCAGACAUCGGCUUCGAUUAUGAAUUCCACUUGAAGUUUCAGCUGGCAAAUAAUCACUCAGCACUGCAAAAUAACUUAAUAUUUUUCACUGGACAGAAGGGCCAUGGGUUGGACAGCGAUGACUUCCUGGCCGUGGGUCUGCGUGAGGGCAGUGUGGUUUACACCUACAACCUGGGAGCGGGCACAGCAAGUAUCAGCAGUGAUCCCCUCGAUCUGAGCCUUGGCAUCCACACAGUCCGUCUGGGGAGGUUCUUCCAGAUGGGCUGGCUGAAGGUAGAUGAUCAUAAAAAUAAGUCCAUCGUCUCCCCAGGAAGACUGGUUGGUCUCAAUGUCAUCAGUCAGUUUUAUGUAGGUGGCUACAGUGAAUACAUACCAGAUCUCUUACCCCAUGGAGCCGAUUUUAAAAAUGGCUUUCAAGGUUGCAUUUUCGCUAUUCAAGUUCGCACUGAGAAGAAUGGCCACUUCAGAAGCCUGGGAAAUCCUGAGGGCCACCCAGACGCUGGGCGCAGCAUUAGCCAGUGUGAUGUUUCUCCUUGCAGUUUAAUGAAAUGCAGCAAUGGUGGGACAUGUGUGGAGAGUGCAUCCACUGUCCACUGUGACUGCCUCCCUGGGUGGAAAGGAGAUCUCUGCAUGGAGACAGUUUCCACCUGUGACCCUGAACAUGACCCUCCACACCACUGUAGCAAAGGAGCAACUUGUGUUUCAUUGCCUCAUGGGUAUACCUGUUCCUGUCCUCUGGGAACCACUGGAAUCCACUGUGAACAAGCUUUAUCUAUAAGUGAUCCAUCUUUCAGAAGCCAUGAAUUAUCCUGGAUGUCUUUUGCUUCCUUCCGUAUUCAGAAAAAGACACAUAUUCAGUUGCAGUUUCAGCCUCUUUCUGCAGAUGGCAUCUUAUUUUAUGUUGCACAGCACUUAAAAGCACAAUCAGGUGAUUUUUUAUGUAUCUCCUUAGUAAAUGGUUCUGUUCAACUUCGCUACAACCUUGGUGACAGAACUAUCAUUCUAGAAACUCUCCAAAAAGUGACUACUAAUGGAAGUAUUUGGCAUGUGAUUAAAGCAGGAAGAGUUGGUGCGGAAGGCUACCUGGAUCUGGAUGGGAUAAAUGUAACAGAAAAAGCCAAUGCAAAAAUGAGCUCCCUGGACACAAAUACUGACUUCUAUGUUGGAGGAAUGCCAUCUUUAAAUCUUGUAAAUCCUAUGUCAAUAGCAAAUGAACCUGCAGGUUUUCAGGGCUGUGUCCGAGAAGUUAUUAUAAAUAAUCAAGAGUUAAAAUUAACUGAAUUAGGAGCAAAAAGUGGAGCAAAUGUAGGUGACUGUGAUGGGACCCCCUGUGGGUACAAGGUGUGCAGAAAUAGGGGUGAAUGUAUAGUAAAUGGCACAACUUUUUCUUGCAAAUGUUUGCCACAUUGGACUGGAAAUACAUGUAACCAGUCUGUGCACUGUUCAAAUAAUCUUUGUCUCCACCAAUCUCUAUGUAUACCCGACCAAUCAUUUUCUUACAAUUGUUUCUGUGCUUUGGGUUGGGUGGGAAAGUAUUGUGAAAACAAAACUUCAUUUUCAACUGCAAAAUUUAUGGGUAAUUCUUAUAUUAAAUACAUUGAUCCAGAUUACAGAAUGAGAAACCUUCAGUUCACUACUAUAUCCUUAAAUUUCAGUACUACUGAAACAGAAGGCUUAAUUGUAUGGAUAGGAAAAGCUCAAAAGGAAGAAAAUGAUUUUCUGGCAAUUGGUCUCCAUAAUCAGUCCUUGAAAAUAGCAGUUAACUUAGGAAAAAGCGUAUCUGUGCCUAUGAUCUAUAGCAAUGGCACAUUCUUUUGUAAUAAAUGGCACCAUGUAAGUGUAAUUCAAAAUCAGACUGUUAUUAAGGCCUACCUAGAUAACAACCUAAUUCUCUCAGAGGAUAUUGAUCCACACAAAAAAUUUGUUGAUUUAAACUAUGAUGGCAUUAGUUAUCUAGGGGGCUUUGAAUAUGGCCGAAAGGUAAAUACUGUUACUCAAGAGAUUUUUAAAAGAGAUUUUGUUGGCAAAAUUAAAGAUGUAUUUUUUCAGGACUCAAAAAAAAUUGAGUUAAUUAAAUCAGAAGGAUAUAAUGUUUUUAAUGGAGAUGAACAAAAUUAAUGACAUAAAUACUGGUAAUUUUGAUAUACAAAAUAUAUAUGUAAAUGUAUUUUGAUAGCUAUUUGUGGCACACUGUUUACUAGAAAUCAGCUAUUUACUAUUAACUGAAAUAGUCUAAAUGCUAACAUACCUUAUUUAUAAGCUUAUAAAAUAUAGCUAAAGAAAUGAUUUUGGUUGGUUUUCCUACAUCCAAUAUCUAUAAACAUGAUGAUUCGAAAGUUUUCACUCCAUUAGUUCAUGUAGUGUUUAUUCAUCUGUGAAUUGGUUUUAAAUGAUACAAAGAAAAAUAAAAUAAAAAGCAAAUUAUUAACCAAAGGAAAAAUAAAAAUUAUAUAAGAAAAAAACUACACAAUCAUAUUCUGUUGUAUGGCUCAGCUAUGAAUAUUUAUAUGAUUGCAAUAAUAUGAAAUUUAAAUAUGGACUAAAACCAAAGUUAUUGCAUGAAUGUGGGAAGAUGGAAGGUGGAGGAAAGGAGUUGGCUGGUGAGGGUUAAACAUUUAAAUCCCAUAGUAAGACAUUAAUACCACAAUUGUUGCAAACUUUUUUAAAGCAUACAUGUCACAAAUAUGAAGACACAUAUCCUAAGAAAUAUCUAAAAGAACUGAAAAUAGUAACCUCUGGAGAGGAGUAGUGCAAACAUUGCGGGGUUUUGUUUACAAACCUUAUAAAAUUACUUGACUUUUUAAGCCAUGUACUUACAUAACUGAUCAAAUUUAAAAAUUAAACUUCAUCUACACCUAUUUUCAAGUCUACAGAUCUCAAAACUGGGCAUUAAAUAGGUUCUGAAUAAUGCCAUUGAAAAAUUAUUGUACUGAUUGUAUCUAUGCCAUCAAAAAUAGUAACCUGAGAAAAUUCCUUUUACCCAAUCACUAGUUAUUGAUAUAAUUGUAGACAGCAUUUUCUCUCCCCACCCCACCACUGCAUAUUGGGAAGUAGUUAUUGCUGCUGUUAUUUAGCAUUUUUAGAGUGUGGUAUUUAUGACAAUUUGGCCACCAAGAAAGCAAAUGACGACACGACUGACACAAUACACUAAUAGGUAUGACUAUACCUGGAGAGAAAAAAUAUUACCUUGGUAAUAAGCAACAUGUGAAGUUUGAAAGGAAAGAUAUAUUAAUUAUUAAAUGGAGAAAAUGGUUUACAAAUAAAGGGGCAGGUGCAUGGUUAGCUGCUCAUUGCUAUUAAGCAAACUCUGCCAGUACAGAUUCCAGUCUAUACAAAGAAACUAAGCAUUUUAUCAUUUGAAGAAUUAAAAACAAUUUUUUUGCAGGGGGGCACUUGUUUUUGCCACACCAUUGCAAUCAGAAGGCUACAGAUACUAUUGGAGGACCCCAGAACUAAAGUUAAGAACUUUGGCACCAUUCAAUGGCACACAACAUACCCCCAGGUAUAUGAACAUUAGAAAAGGUGUAUGAGCAAAGUAUAAUGUAAGGGAGAACUACAGAAUGUCUAUAUACUGAUUCCAAGGCUGUGUGUGUGUGUGUGUGUGUUGUUCUGUUUUUUAACAGAAACCAUGUAAGAAAACUCCAUCCAACAAUAUUGGCUGAAAAACUGUGACCUAAAUUUGUUUGGGCCCAUACCAUUUCAUCUAACUUUGGUGAUAUUAAGAUAAUAACUGAUCUUUAAAAAAUUCAUUUUGAUGGCUGAUAAUUAGAUCUCACUUUAAAGACAUACAUUUUAUGUAUAAAGCUAAUAAAGCUGUUCUCAAAGGUUACCAAAGUUCCAAUGAACCACACCCCCAUGAUAGGCUACAUGUUCUCUCAUGAUACAAAGUGCCUAUCAUUAAAGCAGCACUUCCUUAAGUAUAAAACAAGGAACUCUGAGAGCCCCUAAGUCUUCUGGGGAUCCACAGAGUACUUCCUUUCUCAAUGACAAUUCCAUGUGAAGCCAGGUUUUCUUCAUAUAUUUCAAAUGAGAUGACAUAUUGCAAAACACUGAAUGCAGAGGCAGUUAAGAGAAUCCAGAGAUGUGCAAAAAUGAAAACCAUGACAUUCUUACCAAAUUUAGUGUAAGUUAUUUUUCACACAAAUUUACAUUAACAUAAGGAUCAGUGUUAAAUAAGUUAACAAUUAUUUGUAAAUUGUAACAUCUUAAUUUCUAAUAUGCUAAAUGAUACAACCCAUUUUUUGGGUUCUCAAUAACUUUUUAAAGAGUAAAAAGAUCCUGAAACCAAAAAGUUUGAGAAUUACUGUUAAAGUUGCUUCUCACAGCUGCAGUUUCACAUGAAGAUGUGAUCACUUGUCUUCUGCACUACACUGCAAGCCCCAAGACUGGAGGCGAAUUGUACCAUUCAAUUCCAAGAAUCAAGCACCAAAUAGAAUAGGCACCAAAUAAGUAAGAAUUUAAAACUGCUAUCUACCAAUUUCCUAUAAAUCAAAAUGACUCAA